GCAGCUGCUGAACAGAAGCAGACUUGUGCUGCAGAGUCCUGAUCACACAGAGAGAGGAGGAAGACCAGACGAGUCCUGAGAGGAGGUGAUCUAGUGCGGUGCCAAGAGGAGAAGAAACAGAAGAUUCCCAGAGUUUUAUGACAAAGUGCUGGGAGGCAACACGUGUUGAGGGCACACACUCCUACUGUAACCCUGCCCCUGCACCCCAGCAUGGACCGGGACAGCCACAGCGAGGACACUCUGUCCACCAUGGUCCUGGAGAACAUUAAAAACAAACUGAUUCACGCCUUCAGGGCGACCGGAGAGUCCAGAGAGAGUCCUCGGGGCUCCGGCUCCACUGUCAGACCUGUCAGCAUCGGCAGGAGUUACCAAGCCAACGAGGAGCUGCGGAGGGCGCAGAUAGAUGGAGCAAUAACCUGGCUGAGGUCUGAGCUGCUGGAGAUGCGCUCCCAGGACCUGCAGCUGGCUCAGACGCUGCUGGGGCUCAACACAGAGAUCCAAAGACUGAGGAGGGAGAGCUUCGGAGGGGUGGAUGUAGAGGCGGACGAUCAGCAGUAGAGAGCAGAGAAAGACUGACUAUAGGUGGGGAAAAAACCCUUACUGGAACAAGGAAAUGAUGCAACUGAACAGAAAAGAUUGAAUGCAUUUGACUGUAAUAAUGGCUCAUUGUAAUAAAAUGUGUCAUGGUGAAAAAAUAGACACCUGUUGCAUUUAAAGCAACCAAGGUAGAGGAAGAAGAAAGACAGAAUGUGCUUUCUUUUGUGUCAUGGUGGCAUUUUUUUUUAUUUUUUAGAUAAUUUGCACUUAUGCAGAGUUGUACUAAAGAAACCUGAAUGUAAAAAAUAAAUAGAAAAUCACUUUUUGUCACCUUUUCUUUUGUUACAAUGUUUUGUGAAUUGACAAAGAAAAUAAAAAUAUGCACCAUCAAUCAUUCCAUAUGUUUAUUGUUUUGGCAUACUGUAGUACAGUACCUGUCUGAAGUUCAGGUUGUUAACCUUGUUAUUCCACAAACUUUCUUUCUAUGCACAAACAUUCCGACCACAGUUUGUCUUCUAAACAUGGAUUUACAUGUUUCAUUACAUCGCUGUACUAACUAAGGCAUCCUAAUAACACAAAAACAUAUUCAUAAAACUGUCACAGUGUCACCAGACUUCUUUAUCUCUGCAUGUGCACAAUAAAGAUGCAAUGGCUGUCCUGCUGCUGCUGCUGCUGCUGCAUUAAAUCCAUUCUGCAUGCCGUUAUUACCGCUAAAGGUCAGUGAGCUUCCAGUACACACACAUAUAAAAUUCAAACAUACAUACAUCCGGUAAUUCAAAUGUCACUGUUGUACACCAGCUGCUGUUAACAUCACUGUUUGUCUACACAAAGAAGAAAACUUUCUCCCACUUUCCGACACACAAAAUACACAAAGACAACAAUAAUGAGGCAUCAUGCAAAGCAGAUUUUUGUAUUCUUAUCUUAACUGUUUUUCAAACGCAAAAUCACUUCAAAGUAAUGAAAUAUACAAUCCAUUAGUGGAAAAACUGCUCAAGACUCUUACAACAGGUCUGUACCACUUGUAAAUUGUCUUUGUGCCAAAUAGGAAAUUCACAAAAAGUGCUCCUACAUGACUUGUACAAGCCACUAAAGAAUAAAACUUUUCGUAUGAGGUUGUUGCAUUAGGCCUGGUGCCUUUAGGUCAAUAUUUACUACAAGACUUACAAUUUCCUUUGUCACACAAUUUAUACACAGAAUAGUUUGACCUUCAGGAAAACAUUUAUUCGUUUUCCUGCUGAGAGUUGGAUGAGAAGAUUGAUACCACUAUUUGAAUCUUAGCUUAGCAUAAAAACAGCUAGCUGGCUCUGUCUAAAACAUUAUUUAACUCUCCUGUUGUAUUAGUUUCUCGGGAACAGCAAUAAUGUUUUUGGGUCAAUUUGACCCUUGGGCAUGUUUAAUUAUCCAAAAGUGUUCCAAUCCCAAUAAACAUUGACAAGUUGUUUAUAUUUCAUUAAUAACUCCAUUACUAACCAUUUUAAUCAAUAUUUAGUGCAAUGGUGUUCUUUACCUCUCACAGAUCAUGGUUCAAUGAGGAUAAUUCACUAGUUUUUCAUAGAACAUGCAUGUUAAAACUUUUUUCAUAGACAUUGGAAAGACCUACAUAUAAAAUACAUGAUAUUGAUUUAAAAAACAUUUUUACGUUGUUAAUUUUUUUCUUUUUAUGAAAAAAUACUUUUUUAUUUUUAUUUUUAAACUUUGAAAUGGGUCAAUUAGACCUGCAACAUAACUUGAGGAUUAAAGGUUUUUAUUACCUUUGUUAUUGGAGUAAAAUCCUGAUAACAAAAAAGUUGGGAUGCUGUCUAAAAAGUAAAUAAAAUACAAUUUGAUAAUCUGCCAAAUUAUUUUUGACAUACAUUCAAUUUAAGACUGUACACAGAUAAUAUAUUCAAUUUUCAAACUGACAAAAUGUUGUUUUUUGUAAAUAUAUACCCUUAAUUUUACACGGCGUCCCAAUUGUUUUGGAAUCGGGGUUGAAAAUUGUGAAUUUUGAAUGUGUCAAGUCAUGUGACUCGAGUCCGUCAGCUCUAAAAAUGACUUUUGCAUCAGCAUGGUGAGAAUAUUUUCCUUUUUUUACCCUCUCAACUCCUCUCAUCCUCU